AUGAGCGGCCGGUUCCUUGCAGCUAGUCUGCGGCCUGUGGCGGCAAGAAAUACCUCCGCCGCCACCAGAGUUCGUCACUUACACCGAUUUCCAACAGGAGGCCUGUUGCGGGCAGAUGCCGCGAUCCGGGAGACUCGAAGACGCAUGUGGUUUGGCGGCAAUUCCUUCCAUAACCAGGUUAUCGUUCGAAAUGCCUCCUUUGUUCGCUUCUUGCCGAAGCUGGUGGUGAAGUUUGCUAGGAUUCCUGCCAUGUUUGGUGGGCUGGCCAUUGGCACUUUUGCCUGGGUUCAAUACCAAGCUACACAGGCUGGCAACUAUGCCAUCUCCAUCUUCCACGAUACCUUGGACACGGUGACGGGCACAGCAUCUAGUAUAUACGGGAGUGCCAAAGAUGUAGCAGACCAAACACGGCAAGGAUGGGAAAACACAAAAGAACGGGUAGAGGUGCCAGCUUGGUUGAAAAAGAUGUUGGGAACGCCCGAGAGUUCAGGCUCUGGGGGCUCAGGAGGACCCAAUGGCGAUCCUAAACACAGUAAAGUCGGCGCCGCUGCAGCUGUUGGUGCUUCGGCUGCCGCUGUUGGCUACGACAAAUCGGAUGAAGAAGAUCCACGGGAUGCGCUACAGAGCUCCAAGGAUGAUCAGAUGAUGGUAUUGACGAAAAAGAUGAUUGAGAUUCGAAGCAUACUGCAGAAAGUCGGCCAGUCCAGCUCUCUUACUUUGCCGUCCAUCGUCGUCAUUGGCUCGCAAUCGUCCGGAAAGAGUUCAGUACUGGAGGCCAUCGUCGGCCACGAGUUUCUUCCCAAGGGAAACAACAUGGUUACUCGGAGGCCGAUUGAAUUGACUCUUGUGAAUACACCCGACUCGCCUGAAGAAUAUGGAGAAUUCCCAGAUCUUGGUUUACGAAAAAUAUCCGACUUUUCCUCGAUCCAGCGAACAUUGACAGAGCUGAACAUGGCAGUUUCAGAUGCAGAGUGCGUCUCGCACGACCCUAUUCACCUGACCAUCUAUUCUCGCAACGUUCCUGAUCUUUCCCUCAUCGACCUACCCGGCUACAUCCAAGUUGUGGGGCAGAACCAGCCACUGCAGCUGAAGCAGAAGAUUUCGGAAUUGUGUGACAAGUAUAUUCAGCCUCCAAAUGUCAUUCUUGCCAUCUCUGCCGCAGAUGUCGAUCUGGCCAACUCGGCAGCCCUCAGGGCAUCUCGCAGAGUCGAUCCCCGAGGUGAACGAACUAUUGGAGUUAUUACCAAGAUGGAUCUGGUCGAUCCUGCCCGUGGCGCCACCAUCCUCAAUGAUAAGCAGUAUCCUCUUCGAUUAGGCUACGUUGGCGUUGUAUCAAAGGCGCCAGCAUCACAGGGCCUUUUCAAGAUGGGCUCAUCAGAUCUCCUCUCCACCAUCGCCAAGAAUGAAAACUCUUUCUUUUCCUCACACCCACUCGAGUUUGGACCGGACGCAGGCGUCAAUGUGGGCACAAUAAAUCUUCGAAAGACAUUAAUGCGUGUUUUGGAACAGACCAUGUCAUCUAGCUUACAGAGCACAAGCGACGCCAUUAGACAAGAGUUGGAGGAGGCCACAUACGAGUUCAAGGUCCAGUACAAUGAUCGCCCGCUGUCCGCCGAAUCUUACCUUGCCGAGAGUCUCGACGCUUUCAAGCACUCCUUCAAACAAUUUACUGAGGGAUUUGGGCGCCCGGAAAUGCACGAGCUUUUGAAGAGCGAGCUUGAUCAAAAGGUGCUGGACCUGCUGGCCUCACGAUACUGGAAUAAGCCAGUGACAGACCUGGCGCCAGCGAAAUAUGAUCUCGAUAAUAUCGCCGACCUCCCCAAGGCUGAUCCUGACUCUCUUUACUGGCGUCGCCAGCUGGACGCUUCGACCUCGGCCCUCACCAAACUUGGAGUUGGACGCCUGGCAACAACGGUCAUCGCCACAUCUCUUCAAGCUCACGUUGACAAGUUACUGACCAACUCAAGCUUUGUGAGCCAUCCUUUUGCAAAGAAGGCCAUAGUUGAAGCCGCGUCGACCAUUUUGAAUGAGAGGUUCUACAGCACCAGUGAUCAGGUCGAGAACUGCAUCAAACCCUUCAAAUUCGACAUCGAGAUUGACGAAAGAGAGUGGAAUCAUGGCCGUGAGCAUGUCGGUAGUGUGCUGAAGAGGGAACUGCAAGACUGCGAGGCUGCACUGGUCAGUUUAGAACCUGCUGUCGGUGGACGAAGGAAAUUAAGGGAGGUCAUGGCCUUUAUAGAUAAGGCGCGAAAGGGCGACAUCACCGUAGAGGGCGAUGGGCGAAGUGGUGCAGGAGGGUUUAGCGCUGCUCUUCUAAGUAAAGGCAGAGAAGCUGUCUUCCUUCGAGACAGGGCCGACAUCAUCAAGAUGAGAAUGCUUGCUGUCAAAGCCAAGCAGUGCAACAAUCCUAAGAACAAGUAUUACUGCCCCGAGGUCUUUUUGGAUGCUGCAGCAACCAAACUAGCUUCCACAGCUGUUCUCUUCCUGAACGUGGAGCUGCUUUCCGAAUUCUACUACAACUUCCCGCGUGAAUUGGAUCUUCGUCUUGGACGACACUUGUCCGCGGAUGAAGUUGAGAAAUUCGCAAAGGAAGACCCCAAGAUCCGCCGACAUCUAGAUGUCAUCCGGAAGAAGGAGCUCUUGGAGUUGGUGCUUGAGAAAAUGGACAGUCUGCGACAGCUAGAAGGAAGGGACAGGGAGCAUGGAGCAAACGGAAGAAGAGGAGCGUCGAAUAAGGACCGAGGACGGUGGGGGCUCUUCUAA